GGCGGGGGAAUGGCCCUGAGGGGUGGCUAGCAGGGAAGGGGGUUGGACCUGACUGGCAAGUGUGCGUCCGGAGCCGUGCUUUCUGGGGCGAAGGAGCCCGGAAUUGCCUUGAGGCUUCCGGACUUGCCCUGGCGGGACGGGAGUGCGGUUCGUUCGGGGGUGAGGGGCAGGAAGCAGGUAGCAAAUCUGGCACGACAGCUGGCCGCGGGAAUGCCCCGAGCGGGGACCUGGCUCCAGCGAGGGGCCCCUCGAGGCGGCAGAGGCGCGAGCCAGGGAGUACCUGCUAGAGCCGAGCGGCCGCAGCGCGCCAGACGCAGCGCUCAGCCUCCAAGCUCCGCAUCUCCCGGGAGCGCGUUCCUCCUGGCGCCAGUUGCUGGCAGAUAAGGGAGCCAAAUGCUCUGCUCAAGUUCGGCUUGGAAAGGGAAGGAGGGCUGGGAGGAAACACAAAAGGGAUAGAGGACACGGGAUUGGAGCUGUGCCGUAUUUGCUUGCGCAGAGGAUACUCCACAGUCCCAGAAAUCCUGGAUAGAAAGCACUUUGACCAAGAGGGAAUGUGUAUAUAUUAUACCAAGUUCCAAAGACCCUCACAGAUGCCUUCCAGGAUGUCAGAUUUGUCAGCAACUCGUCAGGUGUUUUUGUGGUCGCUUGGUCAAGCAGCAUGCUUGUUUCACUGCAAGUCUUGCCAUGAAAUACUCAGAUGUGAAAUUGGGUGACCAUUUUAAUCAGACAUUAGAAGAAUGGUCUGUGGAAAAGCAUACAGAACAGAGCCCAACGGAUGCUUAUGGAGUCAUAAAUUUUCAAGGGGGUUCUCAUUCCUACAGAGCUAAGUAUGUGAGACUAUCAUAUGACACCAAACCUGAAGUUAUUCUGCAACUUCUGCUUAAAGAAUGGCAAAUGGAAUUACCCAAACUUGUUAUCUCUGUGCAUGGGGGCAUGCAGAAAUUUGAGCUUCACCCACGAAUCAAGCAGCUGCUUGGAAAGGGUCUCAUUAAAGCUGCAGUUACAACCGGAGCCUGGAUUUUAACUGGAGGAGUAAACACAGGUGUGGCAAAACAUGUUGGUGAUGCCCUCAAAGAACAUGCUUCCAGAUCAUCUCGAAAGAUUUGCACUAUUGGAAUAGCACCCUGGGGCGUGAUUGAAAACAGAAAUGAUCUUGUCGGGAGAGAUGUGGUUGCUCCUUAUCAAACCUUGUUGAACCCUCUGAGCAAAUUGAAUGUUCUGAAUAAUCUGCAUUCCCAUUUCAUAUUGGUGGAUGAUGGCACUGUUGGAAAGUAUGGGGCAGAAGUCAGAUUGAGAAGAGAACUUGAAAAAACUAUUAAUCAGCAAAGAAUUCAUGCUAGAAUUGGACAAGGUGUCCCUGUGGUGGCACUUAUAUUUGAGGGCGGGCCAAAUGUUAUCCUCACAGUUUUAGAAUAUCUUCAAGAAAGUCCUCCUGUUCCAGUCGUCGUUUGUGAAGGAACGGGCAGAGCUGCAGAUCUCCUAGCAUAUAUUCAUAAACAAACAGAAGAGGGAGGCAAUCUUCCUGAUGCAGCAGAACCCGAUAUUAUUUCAACCAUCAAAAAGACAUUUAACUUUGGCCAGAGUGAAGCAGUUCAUUUAUUUCAGACAUUGAUGGAGUGCAUGAAAAGAAAGGAGCUUAUCACGGUUUUCCACAUUGGAUCAGAUGAACAUCAAGAUAUAGAUGUAGCAAUACUUACUGCACUGCUUAAAGGCACUAAUGCAUCUGCGUUUGACCAGCUCAUCCUUACGUUGGCAUGGGAUAGAGUUGACAUUGCCAAAAAUCACGUGUUUGUUUAUGGACAGCAGUGGCUGGUUGGGUCCUUGGAACAAGCUAUGCUUGAUGCUCUUGUAAUGGAUAGAGUUGCAUUUGUGAAACUUCUUAUUGAAAAUGGAGUAAGCAUGCAUAAAUUCCUUACCAUUCCUAGACUGGAAGAACUUUAUAACACAAAACAAGGUCCAACUAAUCCAAUGCUAUUUCAUCUUGUUCGGGAUGUCAAACAGGGGAAUCUUCCUCCAGGAUAUAAGAUCACCCUAAUCGAUAUAGGACUUGUUAUUGAAUAUCUUAUGGGAGGAACCUAUAGAUGCACCUAUACUCGGAAACGUUUUCGAUUAAUAUAUAAUAGUCUUGGUGGAAAUAAUCGGAGGUCUGGCCGAAACACCUCCAGCAGCACUCCUCAGUUGCGUAAGAGUCAUGAAUCUUUUGGCAAUAGGGCAGAUAAAAAGGAAAAAAUGAGACACAAUCAUUUCAUUAAAACGGCACAGCCCUAUCGACCAAAGAUUGAUACAGCUGUUGAAGAAGGAAAGAAGAAGAGAGCCAAAGAUGAAAUUGUAGAUAUUGAUGAUCCAGAAACCAAGCGCUUUCCUUAUCCACUUAAUGAACUGUUAAUUUGGGCUUGCCUUAUGAAGAGACAGGUCAUGGCCCGGUUUUUAUGGCAGCAUGGUGAAGAAUCAAUGGCUAAAGCCUUAGUAGCCUGUAAGAUCUAUCGUUCAAUGGCCUAUGAAGCAAAGCAGAGUGACCUUGUAGAUGAUACUUCAGAGGAAUUGAAACAGUAUUCUAAUGAUUUUGGUCAACUAGCAGUUGAAUUACUAGAACAAUCCUUCAGACAAGAUGAAACCAUGGCAAUGAAAUUGCUCACUUAUGAACUGAAAAACUGGAGUAAUUCCACCUGCCUCAAGUUAGCAGUGUCUUCAAGACUUAGACCUUUUGUAGCUCACACCUGUACACAGAUGUUGUUAUCUGAUAUGUGGAUGGGAAGGCUGAAUAUGAGGAAAAAUUCCUGGUACAAGGUCAUACUAAGCAUUUUAGUUCCACCUGCCAUAUUAAUGCUGGAAUAUAAAACAAAGGCUGAGAUGUCUCAUAUUCCACAAUCUCAAGAUGCCCAUCAAAUGACAAUGGAAGAUAGCGAAAACAACUUUCAAAACAUAGCAGAAGAGAUUCCCAUGGAGGUGUUUAAAGAAGUAAGAAUAUUGGACAGUAAUGAAGGAAAGAAUGAAAUGGAAAUACAAAUAAAAUCAAAAAAGCUUCCCAUUACAAGAAAGUUCUAUGCCUUUUAUCAUGCACCAAUUGUAAAAUUCUGGUUUAAUACGUUGGCAUACUUAGGAUUUCUGAUGCUUUAUACAUUUGUAGUUCUUGUACAAAUGGAACGAUUACCUUCAGUUCAAGAAUGGAUUGUUAUUGCUUAUAUUUUUACCUAUGCUAUUGAGAAAGUCCGUGAGAUCUUUAUGUCUGAAGCUGGAAAAAUAAGCCAGAAGAUUAAAGUGUGGUUUAGUGAUUACUUCAAUAUCAGUGAUACAAUUGCCAUAAUUUCUUUCUUUAUUGGAUUUGGACUAAGAUUUGGAGCAAAAUGGAACUUUGAGAAUGCAUAUGAUAAUCAUGUUUUUGUUGCUGGAAGAUUAAUUUACUGUCUUAACAUAAUAUUUUGGUAUGUGCGUUUGCUAGAUUUUCUAGCUGUAAAUCAACAGGCAGGACCUUAUGUAAUGAUGAUUGGAAAAAUGGUAGCCAAUAUGUUCUACAUUGUAGUGAUUAUGGCUCUUGUAUUACUUAGUUUUGGUGUUCCCAGAAAGGCAAUACUUUAUCCUCGUGAAGCACCAUCUUGGACUCUUGCUAAAGAUAUAGUUUUUCAUCCAUACUGGAUGAUUUUUGGUGAAGUUUACGCAUAUGAAAUUGAUGUGUGUGCAAAUGAUUCCACUAUCUCUCAAAUCUGUGGUCCUGGAACAUGGUUGACUCCAUUUCUUCAAGCAGUCUACCUCUUUGUACAGUAUAUCAUUAUGGUCAAUCUUCUUAUUGCAUUUUUCAACAAUGUGUAUUUACAAGUGAAGGCAAUUUCCAAUAUUGUAUGGAAGUACCAACGUUAUCAUUUUAUUAUGGCUUAUCAUGAGAAACCUGUUCUGCCUCCGCCACUUAUCAUUCUUAGCCAUAUAGUUUCUUUGUUUUGCUGCAUAUGUAAAAGAAGAAAAAAAGAUAAGACUUCAGAUGGACCAAAACUUUUUUUAACAGAAGAAGAUCAAAAGAAACUACAUGACUUUGAAGAACAGUGUGUUGAGAUGUAUUUUAAUGAAAAAGAUGACAAAUUCCAUUCUGGGAGUGAAGAGAGAAUUCGUGUCACUUUUGAAAGGGUGGAGCAGAUGUGCAUUCAAAUUAAAGAAGUUGGAGAUCGCGUCAACUAUAUAAAAAGAUCAUUACAGUCGUUAGAUUCUCAAAUUGGCCAUUUGCAAGAUCUUUCAGCCCUGACUGUAGAUACAUUAAAAACACUCACUGCUCAGAAAGCUUCAGAAGCUAGCAAAGUUCACAAUGAAAUCACACGAGAAUUGAGCAUUUCCAAACAUUUGGCUCAAAACCUUAUUGACGAUGGUCCUGUAAGACCUUCUGUAUGGAAAAAGCACAGUGUUGUAAAUACACUUAGCACCUCGCUUCCUCAAGGUGGUCUUGAAAGUACUAAUCCCUUUCUUUGUAAUAUUUUUAUGAAAGAUGAAAAAGAUCCCCAAUGUAACAUAUUUGGUCAGGAUUUACCUGUGAUACCCCAGAGAAAAGAAUUCAAUUUCCCAGAGGCUGGUUCCUCUUGUGGUGCCUUAUUCCCAAGUGCUAUUUCUCCUCCAGAACUGCGACAGAGAAUACAUGGGGUAGAAAUGUUAAAAAUGUUCAGUAAAAAUCAAAAAUUAGGCAGUUCUUCUAACAGCAUACCACAUCUGUCGUCCCCUCCAACCAAAUUUUUUGUUAGUACACCUUCCCAGCCAAGCUGUAAAAGCCACUUAGAAACUGUAACCAAAGAUCAAGAAAUUGUUUGCGCUAAAGCUGCAGAAGGGGAUAAUGUAGAAUUUGGAGCAUUUGUAGGACACAGAGAUAGCAUAGAUUAUUUACAGAAGUUUAAAGAAGCAUCGAACAAGAUAAAAGAAAUAUUAUCCAAUGAUGUUCCUUCUGAAAACACUUUGAAACAUGUGAGUUCUCAUGGUGGAUUUACUGAAUGUCGCAAAACUUCUAUUCCUCUUCAUUCAGAACAAGUGGGAAGUAGCAGUAGAAGGCCAUCUACACAAGAAACUCAUGAAGUAGAUUCCAAAGCAGCUUUACUACCGGAUUGGUUACAAGAUAGACCAUCAAACAGAGACCUGCCAACUGAAGAAGGAACAUUAAAUGGUCUCGCUUCUCCAUUUAAACCAGUUAUGGAUACAAAUUACUACUACUCAGCUGUGGAAAGAAAUAAUUUGAUGAGAUUAUCCCAGAGCAUUCCAUUUACUCCUGUGCCUCCAAGAGGUGAGCCUGUCACAGUAUAUCGCUUGGAAGAAAGUUCACCCAGUAUACUGAAUAACAGCAUGUCUUCUUGGUCACAGCUUGGCCUCUGUGCCAAAAUAGAGUUUUUAAGUAAAGAGGAGAUGGGAGGCGGUUUACGGAGAGCUGUCAAAGUACAGUGUACCUGGUCAGAACAUGAUAUCCUCAAAUCAGGUCAUCUUUAUAUUAUCAAAUCUUUUCUUCCUGAGGUGGUUAACACAUGGUCAAGUAUUUAUAAAGAAGAUACAGUUCUGCAUCUCUGUCUCAGAGAAAUUCAGCAACAGAGAGCAGCACAGAAGCUCACAUUUGCCUUCAACCAGAUGAAACCCAAAUCCAUACCAUAUUCUCCAAGGUUCCUUGAAGUUUUCCUGCUGUAUUGCCAUUCAGCAGGACAGUGGUUUGCUGUGGAAGAAUGUAUGACUGGAGAAUUUAGAAAAUACAACAAUAAUAAUGGUGAUGAGAUUAUUCCAACUAAUACACUGGAAGAGAUCAUGCUAGCCUUUAGCCACUGGACUUAUGAAUAUACAAGAGGGGAGUUACUGGUACUUGAUUUACAAGGUGUGGGUGAAAAUUUGACUGAUCCAUCUGUGAUUAAAGCAGAAGAAAAGAGAUCCUGUGAUAUGGUUUUUGGCCCAGCAAAUCUAGGUGAAGAUGCAAUAAAAAACUUCAGAGCAAAACAUCACUGUAAUUCUUGUUGUAGAAAGCUUAAACUUCCAGAUCUGAAGAGGAAUGACUAUACACCUGAUAAAAUUCUGUUUCCUCAGGAUGAGCCUUCAGAUUUGACUCUUCAGCCUGGAAAUUCCACCAAAGAAUCAGAAUCAACUAAUUCUAUUCGUCUGAUGUUAUAAUAUUACUGAAUCAUUGGUUUUGCUUACACCUCACAAAAAUGUUACCUUGUCAUUUUUCCUUCAGGAGGAAAUUGUUGAGUAAUAGAGAAAAAUGUGUGCAAAUGAACGUGCUAAUUCAGGCACAGUUAAAAGGUCAAUAUUCUUUUGACCUGAUUAAAGUUGUCAGUCGGGAACUCCCUAUAGGAUACAGCUGGCACCUGUUAAAUUUUUAAGGUAAAGGAAAAUUAGUAUUUAUAACUUUUUAAAGGGCUCUUUUUAGCAGAAGAUUCAUUUGACUUUGUUCUGAUGAGGGUGAUACCCUCUGUCAUGCGGUGCAAUACCAUUAACCAAAGUUAAGUGUCUGUGCAGAUUUUCUUGGCAGCUGGUUUACUGCCAUUCAGCUAGUGAAAUGAAGAAAUCACCCAGCCUUUUGGUUAAAUGGCAAGACGUCUUCCUCAGUGUGUUUUAGUGUGUUCAGUGGUGAUGUCACUAGUUCCCAGCUAGAUGCUUGUUGGCCAUGGGAAAGGAGAUGACUUACUAUCCUAGAUCCAUAGGG